CGAUAGUCUGUCGUCGUCGUUUUGGCUCGACGAAAAGAUUAUUUUCUUGUGUUUCUUUUGUUUUUACGUUUUUGUUUCUUAAUACGGUCUUUAUUUUCCGCAAAUUAAACCGCAAAGCUUUUAGAAUUUUUUUUUUCGUUUGCAAAUAAAAAAAAAUUUCGAAAUUUAAAAAUAGAAUUCGUGCAAAGCGAGAAGAGAGAGAGAAAAAAAAUAAGAAAUUCAAAUUUACUGCUCAUCUUGAGAUAACCCAAGUUGUUUUCAUGAAAACGUAGCAAAUUUUCGUUGGCAAAAAAUAAUCGUGAACAACAAAACUGAAAAUUCUAUCAACUCUGGCUGAUUUAGUGUGCAAAAAAAUACCAUUUAAAUUGAAUCGAAAGACAGAACAUUUACAAAAAAAAAAAUCUUAUCUAUCGAUAUAUUCGAUCGAAGUGUGAAUAAUAUUGAUACAGUUGUCAGAAAAAACAUAGUACGAAGAUUAAAAAGCAGAUAUCCACGUGUAAUACAUGUAAAUAGACGUACGCAUAAACGAAUUAACGAAAAAUAUUACACGUUUAGUCUUACGGCGCCUAAAAACAUUUUUUUAAGAAUUCGAUCAUUUAGUGACGUAUACACCACAAGCUGUGGAUUAGAAGAGAUAGAAAUUUUAAUAAAAGUGACACAUUUACAAAGUUACUCAAACCAGAAAAAAACAUUGAAACUCGUCGAAAAUUCUAUUGUUCUAAGAUUGAACAAAAAAUAUUCGUGAUUUAAUAUAAAAGUGUCAAAUGAAAACAAUCAAUUCGAUUGAAAUGACUAUUGUGAAGACAUUUACCGUAUUGUAUUAAAAAAAAUAUCAGAAAUCGGUAUUAAAGAACAAUUUUUUUGUGUGAAAAGAACAUUUUAAGGAGAUAAAGGAACUUCAGCUACUGUGUAUUCUUGUCCGAUUGGAUUUACGGCCAUUACAACCAACAAUAUUGACGAGACAAGCCGCUCAUCUUUGAAUAAAUUUGAUAUAAUGAAGUUAUUACCAAUUCCAUUGCCGCCACUAGGUGCCCCACCGCCAAUCGGUAUGUUUGCACAAGAUUUAUUGUGGCGUUAUCCAGCCCCAUCAAGCCCAUUGGCCGAAUUAAAAACACAAUUGCCACCGCAAUUGCCAUCCGAUCCGCGUGUCUGGAAUCGCGACGAUGUUGCCAUAUUUCUGCAAUUUUGUGAACGUGAAUUUGAUUUGCCAAAAUUCGAAAUGGAUCUCUUUCAAAUGAAUGGCAAAGCAUUGUGCCUGCUUACAAAAACCGAUUUGGCCGAACGAAUUCCGGGAGCUGGCGAUGUUCUACACAAUGUACUACAAAUGCUGAUCAAAGAAUCACAAAUGAUGCACAAACAUUUACCAAGCAGCCCAAUCACACCGACCAGCCGAUAUCAUCCAUUUUCACCACACAGCCAACCGCCAACACCAAAUUGGUCAAUAAUACCACCAGACAGUCCAUUUCACCCGGCCCAUAUUCAACAUUUGAUGCAAUCAAAUUCGGUUACCUUAAGCCCAGCACCAUCGGUCGAUUCACAAGGACGUAGUCCACCGCAACAAGAGGUGUUGUUGCAACAACAAGCACAAGCUUUUCAACAGAAUGCAUCGACCAGUGCUGGUAGCAGUAAUCAAUCGGAUUCAGAUGAGGAUAGCUAUUCGGAUAAACCACAAAUCACUGUCGAACAACAUCAAUCCAGUCCACCAUUGACACCAUUGUGCAAAGAGGCAUCCGCUUCAUUGACACUUUCGCAACAAAUCUCAAAUGUGGUGAACUCAUGGUCAAUGCAUCAAGAGAAUUUCGGUAGCAAUAGUGCGUUGAGCAGCAGCGGUAGCUCAUCGGCACCAACAACACCAUGCAAUUUUGCCCCAGUUAAACGUGAAUUUUUCCCAGACACACCAGAACCAAAUACAAAUGGACGAUUGCUAUGGGAUUUCUUGCAACAAUUGUUGAAUGAUCCAGCACAACGUUAUAGCAGUUUGAUUGCAUGGAAAUGCCGUGAAACGGGUGUUUUUAAAAUUGUUGAUCCAGCUGGUUUGGCUAAACUUUGGGGCAUCCAAAAAAAUCAUCUAUCAAUGAACUACGAUAAAAUGUCACGAGCCCUCCGUUACUAUUACCGUGUCAAUAUUUUGCGAAAAGUUCAAGGCGAACGCCACUGCUACCAAUUUUUGCGCAAUCCAACCGAACUGAAAUCAAUAAAAAAUAUCUCGUUGUUACGACAACAACCACCACCACCAGCACCAACCGCGUCAAAUAAAACAUUAAACAACAAUACAAAUGAACAUACAAACGGCAAUAGCAAUGGAAAUUCACAAAUGGGCGCACAUUUAAAUAUCCAAUCGUUGUUACAUCAACAAGCACCUCCAUCAUCGCCACGUGUACACGCAUUGAAUGGUGCCUUUCAUUAUUUAACCACAUCAACCGUACCUGAUCGAAGCUCACCGCCCCAGUCACAUUCAUCAUCUCAAAGUGACAUGGACGACCAGCCAACCGAUUUGAGCACCAGUGGUCGAACAUCAAAUCCAGACUGUUAUCCAUUGAUCCGAAACUCAAAUGGAUUGACAACAAUUCGUUUGAUUCAGCCAAACUCACCGCAAUCACAGCAAAUGGACGACUAUCCAUCGCAUAACUCUGAGAAAAGUGAUCGUUCAAGUCCGAUGGCCACCGAUCUAAGAAAAAUGGAAUAAGGCCCAUCAGCUGCAUCGGCUGAAUCGGCUGAAUCGAGACAAACCUUAUAUUUAUUUCUUGUUUGCGAUGACAAAGAAUACGCUACAAGUCGAUCUUCCCUACAUAUUAAUUAUGAGUGUAGCCUUUAGACUAAGACUAUAAUCGCUUGAUUUCAAACAUUUGCAAUACGCACAAUGAACUCGUUUUUAAUGAUUUGAGGUCUAAAUAAAUUAGAUUUAUAAAUGCAUAUAUAAAGAGACGAAAUGUAUGUUAAAUUCUUUAAUUAGCUAUCUAUUUUUGUAAAUAUUUACAUUCGUCUUCAUCUCUACAUACAGAACGAAAUAUUAUUAUUUUUUUGUUGCAAAAAAAGAGCCAGGAAAAAACGAAGCUUUUACAUAUAUAAAUUACAUCUAGCAUAAAAUCAUUGUGGAAAACACACAUUUUCUUCCGAAUAACGAAUUCUUCUGCAAAACAAAUAUAUAAAUGAAAAAAACCUUUCUUUUGUAAAUGCACACUAUAUAGCUUUAAUAUCAUUUCCAUUGUAAGAUUAUAAUCAUAUAUUCAAAGUGAGACAAUUUAGAGUAUAGAUGUGAUGAGGGUGUGUUUUUUUAUAUCGAAACACGGAUGGUACGGUAUAUCGAAUAUAUUUCGUGCAUUAAAUUUUACGAAGACGCAGAUAUAAUACUUUAAUCAAAUUGUGCCAAAUAACUGAAAAUUCAAAAACAAAUGAACCAAUUUUCGGUAUGAGUUAAAAAAACACGUGUGACAUUCUAUCUGAAAGAAAAUUCUGCAAAAACAAAAUCGAUUUGAAUUAUCAGAAACAACCUGUGCAAACAUAUUAUUUCAAAUUAAAAUUCCAAAUAUUAAGAGAAAAAAUCGGAGAAUUUACCGUUAUCUAAACAGAUAAAAUGAAGAGAAUCAAAAAAAACGAAGAAACAAAAAAAAAAUGUUUACAGUGAAAUGUGCCAAUUUAAUCUAUUUAAAAACAUAUUUGCGUGUCGGAAACUAGUGCGUGUCGAUAUCUAUAAUAUAUAUAUAUAUAUGUGCAACGAGAAACAGAAAAACACUAUAAUUCGUAUUUUUUUCUUCAUAAAUUUCAUUUUUCGAUUUAGAAAAAAAAAACAACAUUUAUUUGUUUAAGACUUUAGCUAUUACGUCAUAAUAACACAUAUCUGAAGAAAACAAAAGAAAGAAUCCGAAAUGACGCACAUUGUAACUAUAAAAUUAGGUAUUUAAGUAAAAUAAAAAGCACCAUAUUCUUUUUUCCGUAACUAAA